AUGGUCAGUGGUCAUAAGAACUUCCACAAGUUACUGGGAUAUUGUCUUCAGUUCACUACUCAUCCUGUCUUAGCUUUUGAGUACGCGGAGAUUAUAACUCUUGAUCCACUAGUUGCAUCUAAUCCGAGAAAUACGAGGAGGAUAAAUAUAGCAAGAGAAGUCGCAAACGCUUUGACUUAUCUUCUCUAG